CUGCCGAGGGAAAGCUUCAGGGACGAUGGGGCAGGGACUCAGCAGCAUCCCGGCCUGGGAGCUGGACAAGUUUAUAGAGGACCACCUCCAACCCGAUGCCAGCUUCCGUCAUGAUGUCAGAGCCAUCAUCAAUAUCAUGUGUGAUUUCCUGAAGGAGAGAUGCUUCCGAGACGCUGCCCACCCUGUGAGGGUCUCCAAGGUGGUGAAGGGCGGCUCCUCGGGCAAAGGAACUGCUCUAAAGGGCAGGUCAGACGCCGACCUGGUGGUGUUUCUUAACAAUCUCACCAGCUUUGAGGAUCAGUUAAGCCGACGGGGAGAGUUCAUCCAGGAAAUUAAGAAACAGCUGUACAAGUUUCAGAGAGAGAGACAUAUUUGGGUGAAGUUUGAGGUCCAGAGCUCAUGGUGGCCCAACCCUCGGGUACUCAGCUUCAAACUGAGCUCCCCUGAUCUUCAACAGGAAGUGGCGUUUGAUGUGCUGCCCGCCUAUGAUGUCCUGGGUCAUGUUGGCAUCUACGGCAAACCUGGCCCUGAAAUCUACAAAACGCUCAUCAGGAAGUGCAUCUCCCUGAGGAAGGAGGGUGAGUUCUCCACCUGCUUCACAGAGCUCCAGAGAAACUUCCUGAAGCAUCGUCCAACCAAGCUGAAGAGUCUCAUCCGCCUGGUCAAGCACUGGUACCAACUGUGUAAGGAGAAGUUGGGGAAGCCACUGCCCCCCCAGUAUGCCCUGGAGCUGCUCACAGUCUAUGCCUGGGAAUGUGGGAGUGGAGACACUGAGUUCAACACAGCUCAGGGCUUCCGGACAGUCUUGGAACUGGUCACCAAGUACAGGCAGCUUCGAAUCUACUGGACAGAGUAUUAUGACUUUCAAGACCAGGACAUCUCCAAUUACCUGCACAGACAGCUCAGAAGAUCCAGGCCUGUGAUCCUGGACCCUGCUGACCCAACAGGGAACGUAGCUGGUUCAAACUCAGAUGGUUGGGGGCGACUGGCUGGAGAGGCUAAGGCCUGGUUUCGGUACCCAUGCUUUAAGAACAAGGAUGGUUCCCCAGUGCGCUCCUGGGAUGUUCAGACGGAGGUUGGUGUACCACACCAGGAGAACCAGGAGACUAAUUUUUUUCGUAAUGUCUGUUUAGUUUUGUUGUUUUCAUUUGUUUUUGGUAUUUCAAGGGCUGCUUCUGCAUAACAUGGGCUACCCUGGAGCUCGCCACCCUCCUGCCUUAGUGCUGGGAUGACUGCAGUGUAGACCUGAUGUGCCCUU